AUGGGUUUUAGAGAAGCGGAGGCUCUUUUGUUGACACUUGUACUGGGUCUGUGUGUGACCCAGCUUGAAGCUCAGCUUCAAGUUGGGUUCUAUCGUAAUUCUUGCCCUAACGCGGAGAAAAUCGUGACAGAGGAGGUGGUGAAGGCACUGGUGACGCAUCCGGGUGUGCCUGCUGAUCUAUUGAGGUUGCAUUUCCACGACUGCUUUGUCAGGGUAACUUUUCCACCUCUUAAUUCAACGCACAAAGCUUUUUAUCAACACAUGGAACCUGCAAGACGCGCGUGAUCGUAUUAUUAUAGAACAUUCAAUAGUUCAUUUUUCUUACUUUGAUGUUCUCUGGGAACCUUACUCUGUCAAAGGGUUGCGAUGGCUCGGUCCUUCUCGACUCCACUCCAGGUAGUACCGCGGAGAAGGAUUCCCCAAUCAACAACAGUCUUGAAGGCUACGAUGUCGUUGAUAACGCUAAAACCAGACUGGAGGCAGUUUGCCCAGGCAUCGUCUCUUGUGCCGACAUUGUUGCCUUCGCCGCCAGAGACAGCGUCAAACUGGUAACCUUUCUGAGCAAAGGAUUCAUGAACCGAUCACUCACUGGUCUGUUUGUUCUAUAACUGUUUGAGGUAAUCAUGCUUUCACAAUCUUGGGCAGAGCAAAGGAAUUCCCUACGAUGUUCCAGCCGGAAGAAGGGACGGUAGGGUUUCCUUGAGCUCGGAGACAUUCACAAAUUUGCCUCCACCCACCUUCAACCUCGAUCAGCUAACUCAGAAUUUCGCCAGCAAGGGCCUGACCCAAGAGGACAUGGUCAUACUCUCCGGUGCGUUUUGGAUUCAGAGCUCGCUGCGGAAGCUUAUCCUCUUCCAUCUCAAUUAUCUCCUCCAGAACUAAAUUUUGUCGAGAACAUGCCUGAUUGUCAUCCUCACUAAGACCUCUAUUUUGUAUAAUCAGGAGCUCACACGAUUGGCGAUGCUCGCUGCUCCUCCAUCACUAGUAGGCUUUACAACUUCAACUCCACCGGGAAGGCGGACCCGAGCUUGGAUCCAGCCUAUGCGGCCAAACUGAAGAAGAAGUGUCCGCCAACCAGCGUUAAUGGGAACCGGGGAGUGGAUAUGGAUCCUCCCAGCCCCACCAUUAUCGACUCGAGCUACUACAGGAACCUCCUCUUUCACCGGGGGUUAUUCACGUCCGAUCAGACUCUAAUGUCUAGUCCGGUGACGGCAGCACAGGUGAUGAAGAAUGCCUUUAAUGACUUUCUCUUCAAUAGGAACUUCGCGGCCGCUAUGGUGAAGAUGGGUCGGGUUGAGGUCCUCACCGGAACCAACGGGGAGAUCCGCAAGAAAUGCAACGUCAUUAACUGA